UGUGUGUGGGCGGCUUCCGACAGCCUCGGGUGGAACCAAGGUGAGCCUUCAGCUCAAGCAGCCAAUCAGGAGCCUCGCUCUUCGUGACCGCGCAGCAGUACCAGCCAAUCAGGAGCCUCGCCACUCCUGGCAACUCUGUUGAGCGGUGAGUCAUCUGGCAGCGCCGCUGAAACAGACGCACUUGUUGAGUCGCGCCCGUGCAUUUAGCGUCUCUUUCGCUCUGGGAAAAGAGCAGAUUCAGGGGGGAAAAAAACAAAAACAAUCCUCCAUCUUUAAAACAACAACAGCAACAUGUACUAAGGAUCUUCGAGCGAGUCUUCAGUCAGUCAGUUGCUCGACGUUUCAUCGGCGUUGCUGCGUCGCCAGGACGAGUGUUUUUGAUGUCUACACACCGACCCCCUCUGUGGCCAUGUUUACAGGCUCUAAUGGGCUAUGUGGUCUUUAUACUGACUUCCCUGCCAGAAAUCUGCACAGGUCAGAACUGUUCUCACCCGAUUAUCCCUGAGCAUGGUGGCUUCUACUGUAAACCUUCUCCAUGUAGGGGCUUCCCUCCGAAGAGUCGUAUCUACUACUUCUGUGAGUCGGGAUAUGUCCUGCCAAACCACGUCCACCACUCCAGCUGCCGCAAAGGACGAUGGGACCCCAUUAUCCCCACGUGCAUACCUAACCCAGCUGGACAUUCUAAAUAUGAAGACAGAGUGACCAAUUCUAUCCCGAGCAUGGCUACGACUGCUGUGGGCGUUUCCAUCUUUCUUCUCACCACCACGGCCUGCAUGGUCGUCAAGUCUCGGCUCUACCCUUGCCAAUCUCGAAGCAGGCGAUCAUCUGAUCAGGUGGACUUGAUGGUGGACGGCUUGCCUGUGUCUCUGCCCACCUAUGAUGAGGCAGUGUACGGAAGUUGGGGUCAGCGCAUCCCACCCUUGCAUGGACCCACUCAGCUCCUGCUGGCCUCGUCAGAGAACAGUCCAUUAUCAUCUCUCAUCCAGUCAGGUUCCAGUAACUGCACUGACACUUCGAAUCAGAGCACAGAGGCGCCGCCGCCUUAUGAGGAGACGCAGCCACGUUCUGUGGAUGGAGGAAAUGAAGGAGAAGCACGGGCCUCGCACAUUGCACUUUCUGUUGAAAAGGACAACUAACCUCUGUGUGAGCUCACCUUCAGCUUAUUGAUUGUUAGUUCUCUUGCCAUGCUUCAUGCCUAUCAAUGUAGUUCACUGUCAGCUUCAAAGGUUUUUAAUUAAAAAAAAAAUUUUGCCAUUUAUUUUAUUUGAAUGAAACCAUGCAACUGAGAGGGGGUAGAUGUUUAGCAAACGAGUGACAGUGUGUGAUGUGCACAGUGAUAUUGAUUGUGUUAAUGUUUUCACUGGAGACAUGUUUAUUGUUGCCCUCAGUGAGGGAACUAGACCACAGUGGUCCCGAGGACUGUAAUAACACAGACAUUACCUUUUUUUUGGACUGUGACUUUCUGUUGUAUGGCUGCAACCUACUAGGUGGUCCAUGUUGCAUGAAUGAAUGAAUGAAUGAAUGAAUGUGAAUCCAGCAGAACUGGGGGAUUGGUUGUGUCAGCUCCACACAUGCCACAAGUACAGAUUAUUUAAAAGAAAAGGGCUUGCCUAGGUGCUGAGGUGGGGCUAAUGACUCAUUUCUGCCAUGUGAGAAACUGUUUAUUCUGUUUAUUGUUUCAUGUUUGCAUUGUCAGUUAAUUUAUUAACUGCUGCUCUUGUUUAACAGGUGGAGUAUAGGGUAUAUGUGACACUUUGCAUUGAGGUUCCUUUACUUACUGACUGACUUACUUAUUAUUUACUGCAUUAAUAAACAUUAAGAAACCAUGAACUUCAACUGUAGUAAACCACAAGCAAUGUUAACAAUUUAAUAAAGUUAACACAUGUACUAACUGAUGUUUGUUUAUCUGUUAAUGAAAUACACCCCCAAUGCCAAAUGUUUAUUUAGUCCAUAACUUAAAAAUAUAUCAGACAAAACAGACAGAAAUAAGAUUACAGCAUUUUCCUAUUGAUAACUUAUUGCUGUCUGGUCCAGGUGUAAAUAUUGCAACUUGCUUUUCAGCCUCAGUUCUGAAUUUUGUCAGUUAACAACCACAAACAUUAAUGAAGGUGCUGGUUCAUAUUGCCUGUUGUGGAUUUACUUUGACUCAUUAAUGGUAUAAUUAUUUGGCUUAUUAUUUAAAAAGCGUCAAUUAACACAAGUGUUAGUUAUGUUGUUAAUUUAACAUGGUGUAUUAAUGCUGAAGUUCAUGGUUUGUUCACAUUAACUAAUGUGUAAAAUAAUGUCAGUUAUGGGAACUUUAAUGUAUAAUAUGCAAAUGCUUACAGUCACACCUUCCACCUGAAGCCAUGCUGUCUGUUCUCUGAUGCUGGUUAAUAGAAGAUGGUGUGUAUUUGAGAGCAUGUGCACAUUUGCUUUUUUCCUCAACUACAGUAAUCUAUUAUGAUAUUGUUAUUAUAACAGUUAAUUUUUUUUACAUUUGUAUAUAGUAUUUAGGUAUAACAUCUAAUAUAUUCACUGUAAAUAUAAAUUGAUUACAAAAUUGCUAAACCUUUUUGAAUGGAAAAUUAUUAAAACUAGUUUUCAAAAUGA